GACCAUCUGGAGCGACGCCGAGGCGGAAGAGCCGUGCUCCGCUACGGCCGGGACGCGAGAGACGCGCCGAGCGUGUCCCUCCGAGGACCCCGGGGAGACUCUCGAGCGCGACGAUAACGCCUCGCCCCGACUGAGAUGCCCCGUCCUACGAGUACUUAAUUCGAAUGCGGGCGGGCGGAGGCGGCCGCGCGGCCUGAGCUCCGACUUUUCGCGGAAGAAGCGCUCGCGAGGCGAGGAAGAUGUGACGGCGUCGCGCGCGCCGGUCGACGAACGAGCGUAAAGAGUGUCGAGAGGCAGAGAAGAGAGAGAGAGAGAGAAAGAGAGAGAAAAAAGAGAGAAAAUGGCACGCGCAGCGGUCGCGGCUCUCCUUCUGAUUUGCGUCAGCGCGGCCGCCUACGAGCAUACCGCCGCGGAUCAGUGCGACUGGUCCGGAAGCGGCGGAGGGGAAGGCGGUGGCGUCCGACCGGUGUACCUGCGCUGUACCCGGGGAACGGUGUUGUGGCGCUAUCCGAGCGACGCACUGAGAGUGGUCUUCACCUUCCCGAGCUCGUUCACCGAGGCCAACUCGCCCGGCCACCUGAGCUUCCGCGCCUGCGUCAAGAUCUCCGGGCCUGUGCGGGUCUUCCUGGAGGCCAACGGCAAGCUGAGGCAGAUUUACUCGCAGUCCGACGGCAAGCACGUGCUCUCGCACCGGUGCUUCCGCUCGCCGAAGCACACGGCCGCGCUCUACAUGGAGGCGGAGGACAAUUAUUCCUUCAAACGGGCCAAGGUCAAGCUGCAGUACGACCUGGAGCCGAAUUCGGUGAAGGGCGGCACGCUGCGCGCGCCGGACGAGGAGGAGGAGUGCAGACCUUGCUCCAUGGACGAGCUGGCCAAGGCCUAUUGUCAGAGCGACCUGGUCGCCAAGGGUACCGUCACCGCCGUCGAGCAGAACUUGGAGCUGGACACUGCCGAGCUGAUACUCAGGCCCACCAAGAUUCUGCGCUACGUACCUCAGGAAGCCGAGGGUAACGACGUCGACGUAACGGCAUUCCUGAGGAAGAGUGUACGCGUGAGAAUACCAAUGGCGUGUGACGCGCGACACGGCCUCGGCGAAUUUGUGAUAAUGGCCAAACGACGUCUCGGAGACCUCACCCUGGUGUGCGCGCCCAGACUGGAGACGUGGAUGGAGAUUGUACGCGAGAUGGACAACGCGCCCUGCGUUCUCCACAGUUAGCGAAUUGCGAUGUAAGGCGAUUUUCUUCGGAAAGCCGUGCAGGAACGUACACAACGCACAAUAGACACGGGAGUACAGUAUUCCGUGGCGAAAUUGGAAAUCCAACGCGAUCACUGGUAGAAUAAUACCGUAUGUAGAACACUGCCGGUUCUGUACGAGGGACACCUUUGUAAAUAGGGAACAUCAUUCCCCGUGUACGUACUGCGUACCGUCAGAUUGUCGAUCUCCGAACUGUGAUAUUAUUUGUUGUAUUAAGAGGACCAUGGAGCGUGCACGAAGAGACCGAAAGCACACUUGCCUUAAUACUUGUUCUAGAGAGUAGAAAAACCGUUACAUGUAGAGUGUCCCAUGCAUCGUUCACUUUCCCUUGAACAUUUCCUUGCAAGUCUUCCUCUUUUUCUCAUUCUAUUUCAUUGUCGUUUUCUUUUUUUUUUUCGUUUUAUGACGAGUUAAAGUUUUGCUGAAAUAAAAAAUAUUUGACAUUAUGCAAAAAUCAAGAUUUUAUCAUGUGUAUACAUAUGUUACUUGAAGCUUGAAUUUCCCUUCGAUUUUUCUUGUAAUUUAAUUUCGAACACCUUUGUUCUGACAUGGGAACCACAUUCCGUUAAAAUCUAUUGCCGAGAGAAAAUGCGCAGUGAUUAGGAUAUAUUGGAAUUUUAUUGGACGAGUACACUGACUCGCCGCCGAGUUGAGCAUAUUUCUUGUUUAUAUUACAAUUAUAACGUAAUUUUGUAGAGAUUUAUUAAAUGAAAGUAUUUUUAUAUAUAAAUUCCAACGCCGAUUGGAACAACUGUUCUUAUCAAUAUAAUGAAACAUAUGUGCGAUACAAAUAAAGAUAUUUAGAAAUAAGUUAUGCAUCUUCCUGUACUUUUAAUAUAUAAAGUAUAUUACGUACGUAAUAAACAUUGUCUAUAAUGAAUCUAAA